AUGAGUCAGUUACUUAACUGGUGUAAAGGAGAGGGUAUUAACCCCUCACAUGCUGUUUUGCUUAAGGGUGUCCCUGAAGACACAGAAGUUAGUGUAAUAUGGGGCACCGUGCAGCUCUUGGACGUGUUAGAGGAAGCCGCAAAGACUGAAGCCAUUCCUGCUGAUGUUAUGCCUGAAGGCAGUGAUUCCCCUUGGCGAAUCAUUAGUCCAGUUGAAGUUGAAAAAGAGAGCCUUCAGCACGGAGAAGCUCCUUCACAAACACCAGACCCAGACACGAGCCAAAAUUCGUUUUUCCAAUCAUCCAGUCCAGAGGCCAUAAUUAGAGCAGUAGGUGACAUCUUACAGCUCACCUCUAAACCAACUAGUGACAGUAGCAGUUACAGACGACUCCGAACAUUUUCGGGGGUGCUUCCCACACCGCUGGGAGAGGAACCUUUGGAUAACUGGCUAGAGCAAGCAAGACUAAUGAUUGAAGAGUCAGACAAACCCGACAAAGAAAAGAAAAUGAGAAUAAUGGAGAGUGUAAAAGGUCCUGCCAUGGAGAUUCUUCAGGCGGUGAGAUUUAAUAAUCCAGACACAACUCCCACAGAAUACCUAGAUGUUAUUGAAAACACGUUUGGCACAACAGAGACGGGAGAAGAGCUAUACUUCGCUUUCAGAAUGAUGUGCCAGCAUCCAACUGAGAAGCUAUCAGAGUUUCUGAGAAGAAUGGAAAGAAUAUUAAAUAAAGUAGUUCAAAAAGGGGGUUUACCACUUGCCUCCAAAGACAAGGCACGCAUUGACCAACUCAUUAAAGGUGCCAUCAGAUCUGACAUGAUGAUUUUAAGCUUGAGACUAAGAGAGAGAAAAAUUGCCCCGCCAACAUUCCUGCAGCUCUUGAAUGAGAUACGAGUGGAGGAGGAGCAUGAGGCCUCCAGACGUAGGCUGAAUCCCCCUAAAUCUGUGCACGUCAAACGUACUGCUGCAGCUACAGAGAUUGAGGCAACAGAUCUUGGGGUGGAGGUUGAACGGCUGAGAUCACAAGUGAUUGAGCUCCAAGCUUUAGCCCAGUCCCAGCGUGCUUCUCCUUCUGCACCUCCACCUGCAAUUCAAGCAGAGACGGUUAACUCUGAAGAGGACGGGAGCCUACAAGCUUUUAAAAGAGAGGUUGUAAAACUUAGAAAACAAGUCUCAGCAAUGUCAGUCAAGUCUACUGCAGCACCCCAAGAGCUUUUACCUCUCAAAGAUACCUCUCCAACUCCUGGGGCGCCGAGGGCAUCCAUGCCCCGAGACCCCAAAGACAUUUUUUGCUACCGUUGUGGGGAGGUUGGGCACAUUUCCACUAAAUGUACCUCGCCCGAAAAUUAUCCGAAAGUUAUUCAGAAGUUGAUUCAGGCCCAGAGGAGGGGUAGAGCAGGCCCAGGAUGCACAGAUGGAAAAAUUGUUAACGCCAAUGUGAAAAGGAGUGCUGUGAAGCUACAUGCCGAUAAUCUGCCUAAAGGUUUGGUAGGACCGCCCUCGACUGCUCAUGUCAAAGUAGAGGGAAAACCCUGCACGGCUCUUCUAGACAGUGGCUCUCAGGUGACGAUUGUUUUUGACAGCUGGUACACAGAACAUUUAUCACAUGUUCCUUUAAAUCCAGUGUCAGGAUUAGCUAUCUGGGGUCUAAGUGAGUCUGAAAGCAGUUACCCAUAUAAAGGUUAUAUUGAAGGAGUUCUCAGAGGAGACACAAAAUAA